CUUUGAACGACCAAAGCUAGAGAAAAGUAAAAUGGCGGAAGCAGCGAUGUUUUGAAGGAAGCUGAGGUUUUUUUUAUUUUCAUAUCGCUUCACACAUUAAUGAUCCGUCUGAGCAGACGUACCGCGACCUUCUCCACACGACAACCAAGCCGUUCCAAUGCUAGCAUGCUGUAUUAGCUCCGUAGCUAAUGAAGCGCGUGUUUAUCAUCACAGUAUCACAACACGAUGGUUUUUACGGCGAUGUGACGUCAGCUGUUUGUAGUUCUGCAGCGGAAAAAAAACCAGGAGACAAGAACAGAAAAUAUCUGACUCUCUGUGUGAGACCAUGAAUGAGACUUUGAGUAAAGCGACACGUUGGGAGAUCGACUCUGAUAAUCGAAUAAAAAAAGCAGUGGUGUUGUUGACCAGACUCCCAGAUUAUAAGGUCAGAGCUCUACGACCUCCGACGCCUACGCAGUUCUACAGUGAAGAUGAGUCUCUCAGCAGCUCGGACUCUGAUAUGCAGUGGGAGCCAGGAGAUGAUAGUGAUUCAGAUUUUUCAGUCUCAACCAAUAAACUGAAAGCGGUAAAACCGAUAAAGAGUGACACAACGAGAGCACACGCAGCAUCAACAAGCAGCAACAACAAUGGGACAGAAAUGGUGCCCAUCGUAGGUUUUGACCCUGACACGAAGGUCCGUCCUAACUUGCCAGAGGUAGAGCUCAAAGUGGACAUGGUGGUACUGGCCAGGAAGAGGCCCAUGAUGUGGCAGCGGGGGAAAAUAGUGGAAAUAGUGACAAAGGAAGAUGGACGGUUAAAGUACAAAGUUAGUUUUGAAGAAAAGGGGAAGAGCCUCGUUUCUGGACACCACAUCGCCUCUGACCCCACACCGACGCUGGAGCAGCUGUAUAUCGGCGCUCGUGUGGUGAUCCAGUGUCAAAGUAACAAGUCCCUCUUCCGGCCGGGUAUUUUAGCGGAGCUCCCAAGUAGAAAGAACCGCUUAAGGUUCUUGGUCUUUAUGGAUAAUCACACGCCGGUCUAUGUUAGUUUACCUCUUCUUCACCUGGUGUGCCGGCCAUUGGAGGACGUUCUAGAGAGCCUUCCUGACGACUGUCACAAGCAGUUCAUGGAACGGUACCUUAAGGACUGGCCCUUCCCACAUUUAACCCAGUACAAAGUGGGACAGACCAUACAUGUAGAACUGAAUGGAGCCCAAAAGAGUUGUGCGGUGCAAGUGGUCGACUGCAGCUUGAUACAGGUGGUUUUUGAGGAGAGUCAACACGAGGAGUGGAUCUACCGUGGCUCUGUGAGACUGCAGCAACACAUGGCUAGGAUAUUGGAAUCGAAGGAGAAUGAAGGGAAGUGACUCAUGAACAAAGGCCCAAAGAUUCAAUGAAUUCCCAUGAAAUCUGGUGGAAUGAUGGGACAUGAGUCAAGAAAGAACCCAUUCAAAUGGAUUUGCACAAAGAGACAGACCCAUGAUGUUUUUUCAUUCACACAUAUUUUAUUAUUAUUUGUAUUUGCUCUAUUGUCCCCAUUUCCAGAGAGAUGUAUUAAACAUACAAUUUUUUAAACAUUA